AUGGCAACGGAGUCUGAGAUAUACGACGAGGACGAUAUAUUUGAUUCGGAUGACUCGUACUCGUCUGGCUCAGACUAUGAGUUGAGUAAACAAGCUGUGCGGUCGAAGAAGAGGAAUUUGCAAUUGGAACAGAAGGCAAAUGACGCUAAGGAGGCAAUACGCAACAUUGAGAAGACGGCGAAGGACACGAAAUUCGACGACUCUGAACUUGUGACUAUCUCCAUGGCGCGGCCGCCAGACUUUAUGCCCGAUUCCGUCUCUGCUGUCUUUGGAAAGGCAGAUUUUUCGUACUUGAAAUUGAAACCAGAUCAUGCGGCCAGACCUAUAUGGAUCAGCCCGCUCGACGGCAAAAUCUUCCUGGAAGGGCUAUCACCUCUUUCAGAACAGGCGCAGGAUUUCUUGGUGACCAUUGCAGAGCCUGUGAGUCGUCCAAGUUUCAUCCACGAAUACAGAAUCACCACACAUUCGCUGUAUGCGGCAGUUUCUGUUGGACUUGAGACAGACGAUAUUAUUUCUGUUUUGAGCCGACUCUCAAAGGUGCCGUUGGCGUCAUCUGUUGUCAACUUUAUCAAGCAGGCCACGGUUUCGUACGGUAAGGUGAAGCUGGUUUUGAAGCACAACAGGUACUUUGUGGAAAGUCCACAGGCUGAUAUUUUGCAGAUGCUUCUGAAAGAUGAGGUGAUUGGAAAAUUGCGGAUCCAGAGUAGCGAGACGACGGUGACGAUGAGUGACGGUUUAGUGAUCACCAAGCCCGCGCAAAAGGGCGACUUGGUGAUCCCAGGAACAGAGGAAAGCAAGAAACGAGAACAGGAAAAAAAGGACAAACAAAUCAAGACAGAAGAGCAGCCGCUUGCAGCCGACAACGGUGCCCAGGAUGAAAAUUUAGAAAACAUAUUUGCCACAGUGAUUGGCGACGCAGGCGAAGAAGAGGACGACGAUACGGUGCACUCGUUUGAGAUUGCGCAUGAAUCUGUUGAAAUUGUAAAAAAAACGGUGUCAGGAGAUUGA